AUGGCCUUGACACACCGUGGCUGGAACGAGGUCGCGAACUACGAGACGCUGGAGUUUUUAGGCGACGCUUUCAUCUACUACGCCGCCUCUGAGAUCAUUACACAGACGUUUCCGCACUUGACGCCUGGACGAAAAUCGCAGAUGCGAGAGGGCCUGCUACGCAACUCCAACCUGGCACAGUAUACAACACACUAUGGAAUUGAAAAGCGCGCCAGGCUCCCUGCUGAGUUCACAGACAGCGCGCCAGCGCGCGGCACCAAAGCGGCGGCCAAAGAACGAGAAAAAGUUAAUGGCGAUCUCUUCGAGGCCUACGUGGGGGCUUUGAUUCGUGCACGCCCGCCAGCCGCUGCGAAUGUGCCAGCAUACGACGGCGUCACAAUCGCCCUGCGGUGGCUCAAAUCCUUGUGGGCAAUGUCGCUCUCCAAAGAGAUUGAGCGCAAGUAUAACGUCCGUCGUACCCAGAUGCAUACCCAACCAUUUGCAGCUUCGGUCGACAAGCCGCAACUGUCGAUACAAGCCUUGAUCGCCAAUGCAGUAGCAAGCCCGGGUAAUAACACGCCGGCUACAACAACAACAACAAAAACAACAACGGCGACAGCACCAGUCUCAACGGACGCUGAUAUCACAUCACAAGGUGACAAAAGCACACCAACGAAGGAACCUGCCCAAGACUUCCCUCCACUAAAAAAAACGACAUUGACCGCCAAGGUCCAGCUCGCUGCACUGAUCGGAUGCAAAGAGGUCAAAAUCCGGUACGAAGAUGCACCUACGAAAAAGGUUCUUCGGGAUAAACACAGCAAGAUGCCGCUGUUUACGGUGGCCGUGUGGGUAGACGCCUGGGGCAAAUCGGAGUGCCUCGGAUACGGUUCGGCGCUGAGCAAGAAGGAGGCCGGUGGAAAGGCUGCCGAACGAGCGCUGGAGAACAAGGCAAAGAUGAAGUUCUAUGUAGCCCAAAAGGCAAACAUCUAUGGCGAUAAAAGCCAAGCACGUCCUGAAGCUUGA